CUCUUCAACACCAGAAGGUGCUAAUGUCAAAAAUGCGGUAAUUGUAAACAUGUUGAUCUCACUGAUCUUCCUUGACAACCAAGUAGACACGUGUUUUCAAGUUUGAAUUAUAUUUUUGUAUCCACUAUGGCAUCAAACGAAAUGGAAGUAGAUGAGGAAAAUGAGGAGAAACCAAAGAAUUUCCACGAAUUAGAAUUAGACGAUAGAAUCUUGAAGGCUGUUGCAAAAUUAGGUUGGUUAGAACCUACACUAAUACAGGAAAAAGCCAUACCAUUGAUGUUGGAAGGAAAAGAUGUUUUAAUUCGAGCGCGCACAGGAUCUGGCAAAACAGCUGCAUUUGCUAUACCAUUGAUUCAAAAGAUUUUAUUAAAUAAAAGAGCACAGAAGAAGCAGGACAUUAAGGGGCUUAUCAUAGCACCCAGCAAAGAACUAUGCAAACAGACACACGAUGUAAUCAUAAGUUUGACAAUAAAAUGUAGUAGAGAAGUAAAUGUUGUUGAUGUCAGUCCACAAGUAGAUCUCAUUGCACAGAAACCUUUGUUAAAUCAAAAGCCUGAUAUCAUUAUUGGUACUCCAGGCAGAUUGUUACAGCAUUUGAAAGCAAGUAACAUGAAAUUAAAACACUCUCUUGAAACAUUGAUAAUUGAUGAAGCUGAUCUGGUAUUUUCAUUUGGAUAUGAGGACGAAAUAAGGAGCCUCCUGAGUUACUUGCCAACAGUAUACCAAGCAGCCUUGGCUUCUGCAACAUUGUCAGAAGAUGUUUUAGCACUUAAAAAAUUGGUACUCCAUAGGCCAGUAACUUUAAAAUUGGAAGAGCCACCAUUAGCUCCAUUGUCUCAAUUGUCACAUUAUAGUCUUGCUGCAGAAGAAAAUGAUAAAGCUGCAAUUUUAUAUGCUUUGUUGAAAUUGAAUUUAGUUAGAGGUAAAACAAUUAUAUUCGUGAAUACAGUAGAUAGAUGUUACAAACUAAAAUUAUUCUUGGAACAGUUUGGUAUACCUACUUGUGUUUUAAAUUCCGAAUUACCGGCUCUCUCGCGAUGUAGAGCAGUCACACAGUUUAAUAGCGGAACUUAUGACAUUAUAAUAGCAUCAGAUGAAAAAUCUUUGGAAGAACCUCAUAUAGUCAAAGUUAAGAAAGGAAAACGGAGAAAAGAUAAAGAAUCAGGUGUGGCGCGUGGUAUAGAUUUUCAGUUCGUGUCCAAUGUAAUUAAUUUCGAUUUUCCUCCGGACGUGAAUUCUUACAUUCACAGGGCUGGUCGUACUGCGAGAGGAAAAAAUCAGGGAACGGCAUUGAGUUUCGUAUCGAUAAGAGAAAGGCCCCUUCUUGAACAGGUUGAAACAGAAUUGAAACAUUGUUACAAUCGUGAUACAUUAUUUAAAACGUAUCAGUUCAAACUGGAAGAAGUAGAAGGUUUUAGGUAUCGAGCGAAGGACGCGUGGAAGGCGGUAACGCGAAUAGCAGUCCGCGAAGCUCGUUUAAAAGAAAUAAAACAGGAGGUAUUGAAUUGUGAGAAAUUGAAAAGUUAUUUUGAGGAUAAUCCGAGAGAUUUACAGUCACUGAGACAAGACAAAGCAUUACAUACUGUAAAGUUACAACCGCACUUGAAAGAUGUGCCUGAAUAUAUAGUACCACCUACUCUAAAACGGCUUGUAGGCGUCGGUAGAGGAAAAAGAAAAUUUAAUAGGGACUCUACGGCAUUUAAAUCUACCGCUACGCAAUUAAAAUAUAAAGCACGUGCAUCAAAUCCUCUAAUGAGUUUACAAGUAUAAAAAGAAUAAAAACAAAACGUCUUUUUUUUUGCUAAUUUCUUUAUUUUGUGUCAUUGCUUAUUAUAAAUAACAGUCUGGUAAAAUGUUUAACUUCAUAAGCUUUGAUACAUUUAAAUUGUACAAAAUUGUAUAUGAAAAAUAAUAUCCUAUUCAAAUGAGUUUUUAACAUGUAAUAUCUGGUUAUUAUAAUGGUUACGAUUCUAUGACUCCUCGGUAGUCCGUUUAGGUUUGUACUUUUUUCUAAUACCAUCAUUAUAACCUUCCCUAUUUCUGGCAAGUUCAAUGGCAUAAAAUUGUAUUCUAGUUGUAAGUAUACUGUUCUCUUCAGAAUAAUCUCCUUCACAGUCUGCUCUCAACAGUGUACCAAAGCUAUGAUCUUCUACAACUCCUUUGAACUGUUCACAAAAUGGUCUCCAUUUCAUCUUUCCCUCUGAUGACUUUAAUUCAUCCUCAUUUAUUUUAUCCACUUUGAGGUCAGGGAAAACUUCCCUAAAGGUUUUGUAGAUCUGAUCAUCGUUGGGGGUAAGUUUCAAAAACUUGGGAUCAACUGAACAUAAAAUCUAAAAUACAAAUAACUUUAGUAUUUAAAUCUUUCAUCAUACAGGAUUAAAUAAGCUGUCUGAAAAUUGUAUUACAUUGAAAUAAACUGUAGCAUGUUCUAUGGUUUUUAUUGCCCACAUGGCUUCCACUGAAGGCUAAGAAAUAUGUAACAAUUAUAAUUAUUUAUGCACAUUCAUUUAUUCAUUUAUUGUUUAUUCAUAACUUACAUCAUUGUCAAAUUCUUCUGCUGGUCUAGACAGUAGACUGGAACCAGCUAUCAACUGAUCUGCAGUCUUGAAAAUUAGAACAAAUUAGUUUUGGAUUCAGGUAUACGUUUGUUAAAAUAAAUUAGUAAAGUUCAUUACGUUCUUGUUACGAAAAGAAUAACAGGUUAAGAAUUACUUUCACACUACAAAAUGGUAUAAAAUCUGUAAAAAUGUAUUGUACUUACAACAUCCCCGAUGCGUGCCAUCUUUUACUGUUUAAAAAAUAAUGUGAUGCAACAGAAUUAUCAAAUGUUUAGAAAAAUAUUUAGAAAUAUCUUAAACUAAGAUUCGACCAUGUAAUACACAUGUCACGCCGCUAAAAACACGUGCGACGCAACAAAGUAAAGUGACAAUGAAAAGAAAGAACCAAACACUAUAAGCACAGUUGCUAUAAGUUGCUACAGCUGGUAUUCCAAUACUAUUGAAUACUAUAUGACAGAAUAAAUGUCUCGAUCUUAUUUUUGGAUAAAAUAACAUUAAAAAAA